AUGGUGCGUUGCAGGACCAACGUGAGACGCCUGCGGCUGCUGGUGCUGCAGCUGCCGCUGGUGCAGGCGCUCCUGUACAUGGUGCUGCUGGUCAUGUGGGCUGAAGAAGAGAGCCUGUACCAGGUGAACUACAUGUACGUGCAGCCGGUGGUGGUGGUGAGCAUCCUGACGGGCGUGUGGGCGCUGAGCAUGGCGAUGCGCGCGCUGGCGCAGCCGCUGGAGGGGCGGCGCUCCAAGGCCAAGUUCCUGGCGCUGCAGGCGGUGCUGCUGCUGGCCAAGGCGCAGGGGCUGGCGGCGCGCUCGCUCGUGUGGGCGCACGCGCUGCCCUGCCGGCCGCCGCUCUCGCCGGCCGUCUACGCCAACCUGGUGUACAACUCGUCGAUGCUGGCGGAGAUGGUGGUGCUGAGCCUGGCUGCGCGCCACCUGUACGCCGGGGGCGCGCCGCCCGCGCCGUCGCCGUCGCCCGCGCCGCCCCCGCAGCCCGUGUUCGUGGUCGGGGAGAAGCCGCCCGCCCUGGCGCCGCCGCCGCCCCCGCGCGACCAAGACGCCGCCGCCGCCGGACACACGCGC